GAUCAGAGAAUGCUCGAGAGAACCCCUUCUCCGAUCUUGGUACCGGCCGCACUUGACCCAUAUCUUAUUAUUCGUUCAGCGUCCGGAUGUGUUAUAACUCUUAAUACCGGCAGACGAGGUUGUGGUGUUUAUGUAUGUACCUUUCAAACGAUAAGCCUUAAGCCAUAAAAACGGCGGCUGCGACCGAAGAGUGUUGAGUCAAGUUAAGGCAUUGUGCCGCAGAUCGGUCGCCGGAUAAACCGGACGUCCUUUCGUUUAUUUCCUUUCUGUGUGAGUGUAUAGCUUCCGCAAAAAUCGCCAACCACGGGAAGGGGUCAUACUUGACCGGUAUACGAGAAGGUCACGACCUCAUCGAGGUCUUUAAAGGUUCGCCGGCAGGCCGAUCACUCAUAGCUGACGAAUGUCGCUCACGCGCAGGCGCAUAAACCGAGCAACGCUGCAUGUCCGACAGAAGCGAAAGUAUUUAAAGGAGGGAGCGAGCCUUGCAGAAGGCUACUAGUUAGUGAACAGGCAUAAGCUCAGUGUGGUCCGCCCUGGUGCCUGAAAGAGCAUCCAAAGAGCUUCAAGAUCGGCUCUUAAAAAGCUCUUUAGGAAAUCAUCCUCUCCCCGCAGCAAUUGCCGAACAAUUGAAUUUACACGAGUUGUUCAGUUUCAGUGGAACUUAGUGCCGCACAUUUCACGUCUGUUUGAGCUGUGCAUAAAAGUGCCAUAUACCUUAGCCGUUAACUAAGAAAAUCGUUGUUUUUUUUUGUUGUUGGUUGGUUUUGCUCUUCUUUCGUUUAUUAUAUGUUUUGUUUUUUUUUUUUUUUUAUUGGAGAGGAAAUUUCUUGCCAGUAUUAAAUUUAAUCUCACAGCCAAUAUAUUACAAACGGUGAGAAGUGAAUAUUUUUUUAUCGCAAUAAGGAUAACAAUAGAUGCGGGCUUAACUGAGACUGAUGAAUCUAUAAUCUUUGAAAAUUUUGAAAAUUCAUUUCUCAAGACAAAUGGGAAUAAUUUUCUAGUUCUUAUUGUAGACGAUAAGUCGUGCGGAACGCGGUGCUAACUGGCGCACAGAAAGCUCAAAUAUAUAUUCGAAAGGUAAAUAUUGGCGAACGGAAAGAGUCUUGUUACCAUCGUUGAGUAUUUCGAGGUAUAAAAAUAUUUAUUAUAAUGGAGGAAGUAAUCGAAGUGCAAGUUGAAAAAAACGACCAAGUUGGCAGCUUGACGUUUUCUCCACCACCGAUGAAGAAGUCCGAUACCAAGGACAGCAUUUCCUCGAUUGACAGCGACGUCAGUUUGUCGUUCGAUCGGAGAGGAUCGAAAGGAGAGGAGGCGGAUUUUUCGGACAGCGGAAGCUCCGACUGCGACCGGAAGACUUCAACGAGCAAUAAGAAGCAAAAAACCAGUGACCAGGACUCAGGAGCAGAUUGUUUGGAAGACGUCGUGCCCAGCGAGUUGGACGUUCCGGUAGUCGCGAAGUCUAAACCCAGUCCAAAAGAUACCGAAGAAGAUUUCUCACCACCUAGCGACGAUUUGGCUGACAAAAUAUGCGCUCAGGUAGAGUUUUACUUCUCGGAUGAGAAUAUAGUGAAGGACGCCUUCCUGCUGAAGCACGUUAAACGAAACAAGGAGGGAUUCGUUUCCCUGAAACUCAUCUCCAGCUUCAAGCGAGUGAAACACCUUAGCAGAGACUGGAGAGUCGUUGGCGCGGCUUUGGCCAGGUCAAAAAAAUUAGAGGUCAAUGAACUUGGGACCAAGCUGAGAAGGCUGGACCCUCUGCCAGUCUACGACCAGACGACACCGUCCAGGACGAUAUUGGCGGCCAGAUUACCGGUCGAUAAACUGUCGGUGGAAAGCGUAGCUGAGAUAUUUGGUUCCUGCGGGGAAAUAGCGUUGAUCAGAGUGCUCAGACCGGGACAUCCGGCACCCGCGGAAGUCAGGCAGGCCAUUUCCAAAAGGCAAGAAUUGGCAACGAGCGAGGAAUGCGCGUUGGUCGAAUUCACGGACUCGGCAUCGGCCAGAACUGCUCAGCAAAUGAGUCUCGGGGAUAUGAGAGUUUACGAACUUCAGCAGUCGGCGGAAAAGAAGCGGAAACAACAGCCUGGCAAGAAAAACGCUGUCACGAGAAUCUCUAGGGAAGAGAUUUACAAUUCUUCAAGCUGUGCGAGCGGAUCUGAGGCCGAAGACGGCAGGUCGAGACACAGACGACCGGUUCAUGGACAUCCAAUUUAUCCCAUGGCUGUUUAUCCUGGGCAACCGUACCAAGGUCCUCCUUCGCCAGAGUCUUGGUUGUCAAGAAGAUUAUCCGCUUGUUCGAUGUCCGGUUCAGACACCGGCUACAUCCUGCGUCGUCUCUCUUCCUGUUCGGGUUCAGGAUCGGACAGCAGUAGUUUUGGACGAAGAUACUCGAGCUGUUCAUCCAGUUCGGAAGCCGGCUUCCAUCAUCAGAUUUACGCGCCUGCGACAGCCGGUUACUUUCCUCAAAAUCGACGUUUCUCCUGCUGUUCCGGUUCGGGAUCAGACUGUGCGACCGGAUUCAACCCUUCCAGGAGAGGUUCCUCCGACUGUGGGCCAUUUUUGCGAAGGCUAUCCGCCUGCAGCCGAGAUUCUGGCUUUGACAAUGGAGCGCGAAGACUGUCAGCCUGCUCUUCCGGAUCCGAUGCCUCUUUCGGCAGAUCCAGAAGCAAUAGUGGCGGUGGCGGAGUAAACCAUCUUCCCGAUAAUAUUACCAGAAUGCCUUCCGGCCCCGACGGUACUCGAGGCUUUGGCAGACCGCCGCGGAUGAAUAUGAUGAUGAAUCCCAUGACCCCCCUAAUGGCAGCCCCCAUCGGGCCGUGUUAAAUUUUUUUCAUUAAUUCCCGUUACACGAUCCAUGUUAUUUUAUAUUGUUGUUGCGCAUAUAGCAGACGUUGUUCCCAACAAUUGAAAGAGAAUUUAUCACGUGGAACCCCGAUUGUCAGAAUAGAAUUUAAGAAGUCAGUAGAUUUUCACCGCAUAUUUACUGUUUAGUAUUAUCGUGUAAGUACCUACGUUUAACACCGGCAUCGUGUAAUUUAUUUUGCUCUUAUUAUUUCAGCAAAAUUUUCUUCUUUUUGUUGCGUUUUUUUUCUAUUUUUUAUUUAUUUUUAUUUAUUCUUUUGUUACUUAAUAUGUAUAUUAGAUAUUAAUUAAUUAUAAUCGUACUAUAAGUCAGAUACGCUGUUUUCGUGAUGUUAUUCUCGCGCAAUAAUGUAAUAUUUGGUUCAGCGAAUUGUGUAAGGAUCUGUUUAUGUACAUAGUAUAUACGCGUGGCAUUUGCAUGUGUAUUUGUAUACCCGUAUAGUUUCUUUAGUGAAAAGGAAAUGGGUAAUAAAAUGAUGUUUGAAUAAUA